ACUUGUUGUCUGCACAUGCUGCUGCCGUGCAACGAUUUGUUUAAACUUACAGAAACUCAGCCCUAAAAAUACACGGUGUCCCCCGUGAUGACUGCACACCCUGUUUCCCCCACUUCCAUUUGAAAGAUCGGCGUGGACUAGGACGGAUCUGGUUUCCACACACCGUGUUCCGGGGCCUCACGCUGUCAGAUUUGCGGGGAUUGGGACCGCAGAGUUUUUCUAAAGCAACGCUCAUAUCGUACAACCAUGCAGCGUUUGGUUUGUUAACGCAGAAGACAGGAAUCGUCGACUGACUAGACUGACAAAAUGAAGACAAGCGAAGAUGUGAAAAUAAUCAACCAGGGCCUGGAGGAUGAGAUGGAGGUCAGGGGUUACCAGCCCUGUCUGUGGAAGAUGAUCUUGGUUGGUGUGGGUGCUGUUUGCUCUGGUGGUCUCCUCCUGCUGCUGCUCUACUGGCUUCCAGAGUGGGGCGUCAAGGGAACAUGUACACACACGUCUCUGAAGGAUGCACACACCCUGCUGCUCAGAACUAAGGAUGAGUUCAGGCAGUGGUUUAGAGUCAAAGUCCACAAAAUGUUGGCUCCAGGGAGGAAGCCCUUUGACGAUUUGGAUGUAAAACCUAAAACUCAACUCCCAAACGGAGACUUUGAUCAUCAGGUCCGCUCUGUUCAUGAUGAACAGCUUCUCCAUGGACAGCAGGUUCAGAUACAAUAUUUCACGCACCACAGCUUUAGAUACUACUGGAAUGAUGUCAUCCAGAACUUUGAAUUAUAUCAAGGCCUGGAGGAUGUGAAGGUGAGCUGUUCCCACAUCUACUCUGAACACAGCUAUGGGCUUACCAAAACGCUGCAAGAUUACAGGAGGUUGUUUUUUGGGGAGAAUGAGAUUGCUGUGAGAGUCCCUUCUCUGUUCAAGCUUCUCAUAAAGGAGGUCCUCAAUCCCUUUUACAUCUUCCAGCUCUUCAGUGUUGUUUUGUGGAGUGCUGAGGACUACUACUAUUACGCUACAGCCAUAGUUUUCAUGUCAGUCAUAUCAAUAGCUACCUCAUUGUAUACCAUUAGAAAGCAAUAUGUGAUGCUUCAUGAUAUGGUGGCCUCUCACAGUGUGGUUCGUGUGUCGGUGUGCAGAGGAAAUAAAGAUAUAGAACAGGCCAUGUCAACUGACCUUGUGCCCGGUGAUGUCAUCUCUAUCCCAGCCAAUGGGAUGGUAAUGCCCUGCGAUGCUGUACUUCUCCAAGGAACCUGUGUUGUAAAUGAGAGCAUGCUGACAGGUGAAAGCGUUCCAGUGACCAAAACCAGUCUACCCAGUUCAGGUGACGAGGCAGCUAGGAGAUACAACAUGGAGGAACACAAGAGACACACACUUUUCUGUGGUACCCAUGUAAUCCAGACCCGUUUCUACACCGGUGAACUGGUGAAGGCUGUUGUGAUCCGAACCGGUUUUAGUACAGAGAAGGGCCUGCUGGUGCGUUCCAUCCUGUACCCUAAACCCACAGACUUUAAGCUGUACCGAGAUGCUUACCUGUUCCUGCUGUGUCUGGUUGGUGUGGCGGGGAUCGGCUUCAUCUACACCAUCAUACUCAGCAUCAUGAACAAGGUUUCAGCUAAAACCAUCAUCAUUGAGUCUCUGGACAUCAUCACCAUCACCGUUCCACCGGCCUUACCAGCAGCCAUGACAGCCGGCAUUGUGUAUGCACAGCGGCGUCUGAAGCGUGUCGGGAUCUUUUGCAUCAGUCCUCAGAGGAUCAACAUGUGUGGCCAGCUUAACCUGGUGUGCUUUGACAAGACUGGUACUCUUACUGAGGAUGGACUGGAUCUGUGGGGCAUUCAGAGAGUGGAGAAUGAAAGCUUUGUUGCACCAGAGCUGGGAGUAGCUGAGGAGGGUCUGAUGAACACCGCAUUCGUGGCCUGCAUGGCAACGUGUCACUCACUGACCAAAAUAGAAGGAGAGUACUCUGGAGACCCUUUAGAUAUCAAGAUGUUUGCUGCCACAGGCUGGAUUUUAGAAGAGCCUACAGAAGAAGAAACUGCUCUCCACAAUCCAUUGAUGCCCACAGUUGUUCGACCUCCAAAGCAAACUGUCAGGAAUGACAGUCAGAAUGCAUCCUGUGAGAUCGGUAUAGUGCGCCAGUUCCCCUUCUCCUCAGCGCUGCAGAGGAUGAGCGUGGUGGUCAGGAGGUUGGGAGAAAAACACAUGGAAGCCUUCCUGAAGGGGGCACCAGAGGUCGUGGCCAGCCUUUGCAAACCACAGUCAGUCCCACAGAGUUUCACUGAGACUCUGGAGAGCUACACUAGGCAGGGUUUCAGGGUGAUUGCACUGGCACAUCGACAACUGGAGUCCAAACUCUCCUGGCACAAAGUGCAGACCCUCAGCAGGGAUCUGAUAGAGACCAACAUGGAGUUCCUUGGUUUGAUCAUCAUGCAGAACAAAAUCAAACAGGAGACUGCUGGUGUUUUGACUGAGCUACAGAGGGCUGACAUCCGCACUCUGAUGGUCACAGGUGACAACAUGCUGACAGCCAUAUCUGUAGCUCGAGACUGCGGGAUGGUCCGUCCACAUGAGAACGUUAUCAUUGCUGAUGCUGUGCCUCCAAAAGACUCCCACCCUGCCUGCAUCACGUGGCGUUACAUGGACAACCCUGCUCGGACUGCCAGGGCCAGUCAGACUGCACACAUAAACAUGGAGGAGGAUAUGUAUCACUUCGCUGUGAAUGGUAGAGCCUUUGCUGUUAUCACAGAACACUUUCCUCAGCUAAUACAGAAGCUCGCGCUAAGAUCCACAGUGUUUGCUCGCAUGUCUCCAGACCAGAAGACCCAGCUGGUGGAAAUCCUGCAGGGCAUUGACUACAUUGUUGGAAUGUGUGGUGACGGUGCCAAUGACUGUGGGGCCCUGAAGAGAGCUCACAGUGGGAUUUCUCUGUCUGAGCUGGAGGCGUCAGUCGCUUCACCCUUCACUUCGUCCGUCUCAAACAUUUCCUGUGUCCCCAACCUCGUCAGGGAGGGACGAGCCGCCCUCAUCACAUCGUUCUGCGUCUUUAAAUUCAUGGCUCUCUACAGCAUCAUCCAGUACAUCAGUGUCAUCCUGCUCUACUGGAUUCUCAGCAACCUGGGAGACUUCCAGUUUCUUUUCAUUGACCUUGUCAUCAUUCUCAUCAUUGCUUUCACAAUGAGUCUGAACCCAGCGUGGAAGGAACUGGUUAGGCAACGUCCUCCUUCCAGUCUGAUCUCAGGCCCACUGCUCUGCUCAGUUCUGACCCAGAUCCUCACCUGCCUGGCCUUCCAGGUUUUGGCUUUCUACUUGGUACAACAGCAGAGCUGGUACGAGACAUGGACGCCUCAGUCAGAUGCCUGUAACAUCUCCCGAUCCAGCUUUUCUGAAAGCCCAAAUAGGACAAACUCUCACGACCACAAAAACAUCAGGAACUAUGAGAACACCUCCCUUUUCUACGUGUCGUCUUUCCAGUAUUUAGCUGUAGCAAUUGUUUUCUCCAAGGGAAAGCCCUUCAGGCAGCCGAGUUACAAGAAUUGGCCCCUCAUGCUGUCCUGCCUCGGCCUCUAUUUUUUUCUCCUCUUCAUCAUGCUGUACCCCAUCUCUGCUAUCGAUAACUUCCUAGAGAUUGUGUGUGUUCCACAUGACUGGCGUGUUACUCUGGUUGUCAUAAUUGCAGCGAAUACGGUUGCGUCUUUCAUGUUGGAGAUUUUGAUCGUUGACAUCAUCUUGUGGAGGUUUGUUUUCAGAGAAGGUCAAGGGGCGAAUGGCCCCAGAGAGUCCUCCUCUGGCGACACACCACAGGCUGCCAACAACAGCUGGGGCGCGUUGUUCCUGUCCAGGUUGUUUUGUCGAAGGAACAAGCCCCCAAAGGUGCUGUACAGGCAACUUGCUCUGGAGCUGCAGGAGUGUGCCGACUGGCCCCCCAAGCCCUCUAUUGUCACAUAUGCCAGUGAUCCACAGUCCCACAUCUCUCCAACUCUUUGAUCCCUGCAUGAGACAUUAACAAACAUCCUGAAGAGACAUGUCCUACAAGAUCUCCUGCUGGACUUGACUCUCUGCGAACGUAUCAUACUUGAUGUCCUCCUUCAUUUUCACCCUCCCUAUCAAAGUGGACUAACCUCUGAAUCCUAGGUUGUGUCAGAGUUCUUGGUAAAACUCCUUUCCACUUUUGGAGCUUUGUAGAGCUGUACACUGGUGUUAUGGAGCAAUCAUCAUACUUGAACAUUCCAAUCAGUCCAGAAACUGUGAGCAUACUACAGUACGAUGAAAAAGUAUUUGCCCCCUGUACAGAUUUCUUAUGUCCCUUUUGUUGUCACUGUUACAUGUUUCUACUCAAUAUAAACUUUUAAUAUCAGACAAACAUAACCUGAAUAAAUACAAAAUGUAGUUUUCAAA